AUGAAUUUGCAUCCGAAACUUCUGGAAAAUAUCAGGCACAAAGGCUACGAAAAGCCCUUACCAAUACAGCGUGCAGCAUUUUCUCUGAUUUGUGCUGGCUAUGAUGUUAUCGGACAUGCAGCAACAGGAGGUGGAAAAACAGCAGCAUAUUUGAUACCGAUAAUUGAUUAUAUUUUGGCAGCAAAAACGCGUUCUGGAUCGAAAGCGAGCAUGCCAUAUUGCAUUGUUAUCUCGCCAACCAAGGAGCUUGCCGAGCAGCUGUACGAUGAUGCACAAGAUUUCUCUCACCAAGUGGACUGUAGAGUGGUGCUAUGCUUCGGUGAAAUACCCGUCCGAGAAAAUAUUACCGAAAUCAGAAAAGGAUGCGACAUAUUAAUUGCUACAGUGGGACGCCUUUGUGAUUAUCUCACUCGUGGUGAAUUUUGUGGAUUCUAUGAUGAUUUGGUGGAAAAUCUUCUACCACGAUGUAAAGCGGUACGUUUGAAUGACCUGAUAGUUGGACUUCAGAAAUUAUUAUUCAGUGCAACAGAUUCUGCAGAUUUGGAAACGCUAAAGAAAGACUUCGUUAGCCCGAAAGCAACGAAGAUUGUUGUUGGUACGCUGAACACUGUCAAUCGUCACAUUGAACAACGAAUUCUUCUGGUACUUUUCGUUGAACAUUUUUUUGGGUCUUUUUGUUGA